CCUUAGCCCACACCAAACGCUUUCCCACCUUACGCGAUCGGCUUCUGAUUGGUACGAUACGUCCCUCCCGAGUGCUCCAGCGGCGGCGCAAUUAGACCUCCACAGUACGAGCAUCCCUUGUCCAUCCCUUCCACUCCCACUUUCUGAAGAGUAAAGUCCAGAAAGUCCAAACGCGACUGGAGUGGUGGACUGGACUGGACCACAACCCAAGAGAGCUCGAACAGGGACCACCACCUUGAGAGGAACCACCGUCGACGCCCUAGGCCCAACAGCCACCGCGACCGACCGAGUCUGCUUUCACACACCCUCCCAGCGCCCCAGCUGCAGCCUUUCCGCUUCACUGGCUUUUCGAUACUAGCCGGGUACUUCACGUUUGUACAUACGAAAACACUACGGAGUACUUCGCAUCUCUCUCCACAUCGCCAGAUUCCCAUCAUCAAGCGCACUCCCUGGGUUCCCCUAGGUACAGACCCAACAGACUUUGGCUACAAGCCACCUUUUCUCGAUACUUUGCGCCGCCAAACCCCACGAUAAACCGACGACAUUGACGCCGUCCUGCAACAUCUUUCCGCACUUCCGCCCGCUUUUUUUCCUUACGACCCCUCUUCUCUCACCCAAACUCGACACCUUCGCGCAGGCAGGCUCACAAACAAAAUCGUGCCCCCAGUUUCUUCUGUCCUGCCGACCAGGACCCAAGCAGUCUAACUCCAGAAGGACCCCCCGUCACGGUAGUCGUGCUGUCGAGUUUGGCUUAGUCGUUUUCCGACUUUAAUCAUCGAGUCAACCCAUCCCGUGGGUGUAGUCCUAUUGGGUACCUGUCACCAUCAAGCUUCGAGGGGCCCCGGCAAGUCGACCUGCUCUGGCCUGUCAUCUGCUGCGUGCCUACCACUCGCCGGUACCCAAGUCUCAGUCACCUCGUCCCAGUUUCCCAGAGAGCUACGGCUACCCGACUGUCGAACGCAACCAGCCCAGCAGUUGCACUGCUUCCCUGAGCCCCCCCCCCCCCAUGCUCUUGGAGCGAAGCAGACCAGCCAGGAGCCCGUCCCUUUCCCUCUUCCAUCCAUAUCCGCUGUCCUGACGCACCGCACCGCGCCGCACUCAACCCAACUCAACUCAACCCAUCAAGGCGCGCACACCAUUCUUCCUGGCCGUCUCUCACUUUAACCACUUCAUACUUCGCCCACCACACACUUCCCACCAUCACACCUUGCCUUUGCAUCCAUUUGUCUGCCAUCAGUGCCACCACUCCCUCCCGGUACCUUUCCACCCUGCUCAAUUUCUCUCCUCCUCCCCGAACUUUAAGGCACGAUACAUAACCUUGCGACAACUCCUCCCGCACGCUCCAUCUCUCCCCCCCCCUUCUCCCAAAACCUGUCCAGCCCCCUCAACUUUUCGAUAUCGCUCUUUGCAACAUUCUUUCGUCGCCCUGUACCCUCCCGUCGCGCACUCGAAAACCGACACCAACACCCGAUAAUUUCACCGCGUCUUGGCCCAUUUUCCCGCAUUCUUGUUCGCACGCGCUUCCAAGACUUCCCACUUGAGCUGCGCGACUGUUGCAAUCCUCCCUCUCUUUGUCGCAGUUCCGAGGCAAUCCAAGGCACCACGCGCCAGCGCAUGCACCGCAACACCGGCGGAUGACAAGCAAGCAUAGGUGAACCAGGCGCAUUUACAGUCUCAUCAGCCACACUCGACCUUCGGGGAUGACAUCGAGUCGCGACAAUCCUCCUACAUCAACAACGACAAAUAUCAAUCAAUUAGAAAACUACUGCCAUGGCUGCGCCGGCUUUUCUACAACAAUCGCAACCCUUCAGGUCCUCAAACACCCAGGCACCGUUCCUCUCGUCCGUCAACCCCUUUGAGCGCGAUGCGGCUAUGCCUGUCGGAACGCCAUACGCCAAUCCAUCUUCUGUGGCGGCCUCUGUCCUAAUUCGUCGCCUUCCGCUGAACACUUCGGAAGAAUCGCUUCGCCUCAUGGUGGUUUGGUCCAAAGAGCUUGUUGACGUUGAAGUGCUCCCCGUAGAUCAAUCAGAAGACAAGGGGUUCCGCUCGGCCGUCCUGAAGUUCCGGACUACGAAUGGGGCAAUCGAAACAAAGAACAUGCUGAACGGGAAAUCCAACAUUUCUAACGACGCCAAUAUGAUUGUCGAGAUCCUUGGAGGCAGCCCGACCACGUCGAGAAGGUACGCCGAACCCGCUGGGACCGGAUCGUCGAGCACUGCAUCCUCCGCGGCCUCUUCAGCCCCAUCCUCGCGACAACCAUCACGAUUCAACGGCGGGUUCCAAUCUCUCGAAAAGAUAUCGCCCCCUAUGAACGGUAUAUACGGCUCCAGCGAACUUCCCAACCCAGAGUCCAGCGCGCACUACCAGAACCUGUUCUCGCCUCAGUCUCCCAUCGGAAAUCACCUCACAGAACGGACACGCAUUUCUGGGAAAUCGUUGAUUAACAAUGAUGCGGCCGAUGAUGACGAGACCGGCGAGCUAUUGAAGGACCCAGUCGCCUACGCGGAAAACGGAGCUACGGCUCAGAGAAGAGCCACCGCCCCACAGCUUCCCAUAUCACGUUUGGCGAGCCUGUCCCUCAACACCACCAGCACAACACCCAGCCCAUCGUCGCUUCCGCAGUACGGUCAACAAGGAAUGGCAGCGAUGUCGGCUCACCCAGUCAUGUCACCCACUGUGAUGAGCGGGGGCCCACACACUGUACCCUUCCAUAUGGGAACUGGUCCUUACGGCCGCCAUAACUUCCCCCCGGUCAAUCCUGCUGACCAGAAUCCACCUUGCAACACUCUCUACGUGGGCAAUCUUCCUAUCGACACGUCCGAGGAAGAGCUCAAGGCUAUGUUCUCCAAACAACGGGGCUACAAGAGGCUUUGCUUCCGGACCAAGCAGAACGGGCCCAUGUGUUUUGUGGAGUUUGAGGAUGUUUCCUUUGCUACCAAAGCUCUCCAUGAGCUCUACGGACAUCCGCUUCAUAAUAGCGUAAAGGGAGGAAUUCGCCUCAGCUUCUCGAAGAACCCAUUGGGAGUCAGGUCGGGCCAGACUCCAGGCCAAUCAACGUCUCCAAUGAGCGGCAUGAUGACAGGUUCCACGAAUGGGUUCAAGACCACCAACGGUCCUCCUCCAGGACUUUCAGCGCCACCUGGUCUUGGCUCUGGGCGAUUCAGUAACGGCUCCUCGGGCACCCCACCUUACGCAGUUGCUGGCUUCCCAGCAAGCGGUAAUAACAACGUGUGGAACGGAUACAACAGCAAUACCAUGACUGCUGGUGGGCCUGGUUCCAUGAUGAAUGGAAACAACUCGAACUACCUGCCACCUCACAUGCUUGGCAGGUAAGGCAUGCAGUUAUGUUGGGAUGCCUGUCUGACUUCCAGAGGCAGUAUGGCGAGAGUUCUGGCGUUACGGUGUUCAAGUGUGGAUACACGGCAACAAGGCAAAGCCACAAGAUACUUGGACAGCAUCGAGGACGGCGCUGUGUGAAGAUCUCGGCGCAUACGCAUUUACAUCGGCAUCUGAUUUUCUAGGCAUCAGUCACUGAUCUUGAUUUUUUUCCUCUUUUCCCGAUAUCACAUGGUUUUAACUCGCCCUUCCCUGACGGGCCUGACUGCACUGGCCUUCCGCAGUCACCAGCACUGGCGUCGUGUUCGACUACUUCGUCCAUGUUCUCAACGGAGUUCAGAAACACAUCAUCAGUGGGCGUUCAAUCCUCGACGACUUCGAUUAUCAGGCUGCAGUAUAGUGGAGGCUUCCUUCCGGCCUUGUCUUUCCUUCGUUUACCAAUUCAUUUCGGUUUGGGUUUCUUUAUUUUCAUUCAGCAUGGCGCGUGGAACGGACAUUUACUAUGGUAGACGAACUUGGGGGAAUCCGGUCUCAUGCCCUUCGGACAACAAAUACCCAGCGCCAACGACUUAAGGAUGGAGUUCUUAGGUUCGACAUUUUCGGCGAUGCCUUCACGAGGCGUCCUGACGAUUUUGGGCAACGGGUUCGAGGUUCUCGCGCGAAAGAAUGGAAUAUUUACUGGCACAGCGACUAGCGAUUGAUGUAUGGGGAGGGAACGUUGAAUUGAGUCUUGGGAGCAUGGCAUGAGUUGACCCCAAAAGAGAAAACGCCCAAAAGCACAGAAGAGAGCGCGAAUGGUUUCGGGUGAUCCCGCAGCACCCGCCAACCAAAACAAAAAAUACGGCAUGGAAGUUCAGAGGAAGAAGUCUUUCGUUUGUUUCACUCAACGCAUGUACGAGAUAUAAAAGGCACGCUCCACCAGAAGGCGGACAGCGGAGAAGGGAAAACCGCCGCGGGCAUAGGAGAGCUACCUGGCAGCGACACGUUCUGGUCACAUCAGAAACUCUCGCUGGUGCAGGUCAAGUCCAUCACUGGAUGGGACGGCUGGAGGCCAGGCUGCAUCAAGCUGUUACGCACAAACUUUACGGAUACGCAUCAUCGGGGUUAUCGUUCGGCAUCAAGACGGAAGGGACCUCAUCAUCACACAUCCAUGGGUUUGGUCGGGACACAAUAAGGGUUAGGAAACCGGGAAGGAUUGUCCAGUCCAGGCUAUGGUCCUCGAGGGGGCAUUGUCAUGUUUCAUUUGAUUUGAAUUUCUCUCUGAUUUGUUAUUUUUUUCACACUCCCAAGCCCGUUUCGUUCCCCUAUCUAUCCCCCCUUUUCCUACACACUUGACUGGGACCGAACUUUGACUUGCACAUUGUGGGAGCGAACAUACCCCCUUAUGGGAUUCUCAUAGGCCAAAGAAAGGAGUUUUUGAUUUGCUGAUGAUAUAAACCUGCAUUGUCUUGCCACUUUCCAUUGGUUGAUUAGGGAUACCUUGAAGUGAGUGACGAUCUUGGGCGACCCGAUGGCCAGGUACGGUCGGUGGGCAUGUGGACAAUCAUGAGCCCCGCUGAUUGACAGGCACGAACCACCUCUGACCGGUGUCACAAUGUCGGCGGAGACUGGGGGGGUUUUCUCCAGAGCCUUGUGGGGCCAAAUGUCAUUUACUUCCAGGUUGUACACUGAUGACUGUACGGAUAGGCAGAGGGCAUUGCGUUUCAAAACCAUGCCCACGAUGAGAAGCUGGGCGGUAGAAUAUGCCGAGCUUCGGUGUAAAGGGGCAAAGGACAUGGACAAAAAGCACCGAGGCGCGAGGCGGGGAGAGAGAAGAGGAAGAAGGAUGCGCCACUUUGGACCCCGGUCGAUCCACGUGAAGAGAGUCAAAACUUCGGCAGAAGGGUGGAACCCUAGUCCUUGUCAAGCUCUUGCACGCAGUCACGCAGUAUAGCAAUUUGGGGGAAGGGGGGGCUUUGCUGGUAUUGCGUCUGCGAGGUUGUUUGGAUGCGGCAGAUAUUCUUCGUUGACAGCAGUAAACUUGGCAAGAAAUCGCCGUCAACCGAGGUGGUCAUGGUGGUGUGAUUGACAGGUCCUACCUUAUCCAGUGAGGCAUAGCCGGAUACCGGAGCUGCCUCCGAGACUUUUGGCUUAGGCGGGGGGGUUGAGGGCGCAUACGUCCGAGGAGUCGCGCG